CAACCCCCGUCCCCCACCCCACCCCCAACCCCAACCCCUCUUCUCGAUUCUCCCAGUACUCCUCCCACGCUGUUAGAUUCUUAGACGGCUCUACCACCACCACUCCAAGUCGGCCCAUCAAGCACCACCCGCCACCCAGGGUUUGUCGGUGACGACGUUGCUGUUGGCCGGAUUGAAGAUAAUUUGAUCCCCAAAAGUCUGAUUUACUGUGCUCAACUCUGCACCCAACACCAAAAGAAACAACUCUUCCUGACCUCACCGCAAAACCCAUCUCUAGAUCCCGCCAAAUCGUCGCCUCGCCUUCCAUGUAGAAUGCUUCUUGAUUAUUUUCGAUCUGUUCAUUGAUUCAUUGAUCGGAUUCGCCGUCCUUGUGAUUCUCCUUUCAAUUUGUGGGAAAUGGCGGGGCAGAGUCCGAAUAUGGAACAAUUUGAGGCGUAUUUUCAGCGAGCGGAUGUGGAUCGGGAUGGUCGGAUUAGUGGGAAUGAGGCCGUUGCCUUCCUCCAAGCUUCAAAUUUACCCAGACAAGUCCUCGCGCAGAUAUGGAUGUAUGCUGAUCAAAAUCGAACUGGUUUCCUUGGUCGUUCAGAAUUUUACAAUGCUCUUAAACUUGUUACAGUGGCACAAAGUAAGCGGGAUUUGACUCCAGAACUCGUGAAGGCUGCCUUAUAUGGACCAGCCUCUGCUAAAAUCCCUGCUCCUCAGAUAAAUCUUGCAGCCUUACCAGCUCCUCAGCCAAAUGUGAGGGCAGGUGCAUCUGUGCAAGUCAGUGGCCUUCCAAGCUCCACUCAGAGUACUGGUGCUGUUGGCCUGCAUGGUUCUUUAACUCAGCAUAGCCAAGUCACAAGGCCACCUCGGCCUCUGCCUCCUAGUUCUGGAUUCCAGUCUCAGCUAGGUGUUUCAACCCAAGGAAUGCCUGGGAUGGGUGCUAUAUCAGCGUCUAAUCGCCCUAAUUCCUUUGACUCGCUUGGUGGUAGUACUCAUGGCCAAUCUGGAAUUUCUUCUCAAGUUUCAAGCAGGAGCUUAACUCCGACUGCAACUCAGAGUGGCUUUGGUUCUGUGACUUCCCCUAUUACUAAAGCACCAGAAAUUACUGGGUCAUUACAAUUUGCUUCAUCCAAGCUGAAUGAUACUGCGUCCUUGAGCUCCCAAGUUAGCAAGGAAGACUCGAAAUCACCUUCAGCUACAGGAAAUGGCUUUACUUCAGAUUCAGUGUUUGGAGAUGUUUUCUCAGCAACACCACCUCAACCGCAGCAAAAUUCUACAGCGCUUACGAAUCCUGCCGGCAGCAUACCUGCCUCGUCAGCUGGGAAUUUGACUAAUUCAAGAGAGCAGCCUACGGUUAAGCCAAGUGCUGUUUCUCAACCUCCAGCCGCUCAAGCUCAGCAAUACCAUGCCCAUGCUAAACCAAAUCAACAUGUUUCGGCUCAAAAAUCCUCUGCAUUCCCUGUUGCAGCUGGACAAUCUCAGUCUCCAUGGCCAAGAAUGACUCAGUCUGAUGUUCAGAAGUAUAGCAAGGUAUUUGUGCAAGUUGACAGUGACCGAGAUGGGAAAAUUACUGGAGAACAAGCACGGAACUUAUUCUUGAGUUGGAGGCUUCCACGAGAGGUCUUGAAGCAGGUUUGGGACUUAUCUGAUCAAGAUAAUGACAGUAUGCUAUCUUUGAGGGAAUUCUGCAUUGCUCUCUAUUUGAUGGAGCGAUAUAGGGAAGGGCGCCCUCUUCCUAUGUCACUUCCCAACUCUGUUAUGUUUGAGGAAACGUUGUUCCCUGUCUCAAGUCAACCUGCUGGUGCAUAUAACAAUACAUCUUGGAGGCCUACUCCUGGUUUAGGCCAACCCCAAGGAACUAAGGGUGCACGACCGGUCACUUCUGCUGGUGGAGGAAGGCCACCUCGUCCAGUUCCUAUUCCCCAGCCUGAUGAGCCCGUCCAACAAAAGGCCAAGGUUCCGGUGCUGGAGAAGCAUCUUGUAGAUCAGCUUAGUACAGAGGAGCAAGAUUCACUGAACAAAAAGUUCGAAGAGGCAAAGGAUGCAGAGAAAAAGGUGGCAGAUCUGGAAAAGGAUAUUUCAGAAGCUAAACAGAAAAUUCAGUUCUACCAUGCCAAGAUGCAAGAACUUAUUCUGUACAAAAGCCGAUGUGAUAACCGGUUGAACGAGAUAUCUGAGAAAGUUGUGGCCGACAAAAGAGAGGCUGAAUCCUUGGCGAAGAAGUAUGAAGAGAAGUACAAGCAGGUUGGAGAUGUAGCAUCCAAAUUAACAAUUGAAGAGGCUACAUUUCGCGAUAUUCAGGAUAAAAAGAUGGAGCUAUAUCGUGCAAUUGUCAAAUUGGAACAAGAAAAGGCUGAUGUAGUUCAGGAUCGAGUUAAUCAAAUCCAGUCAGAUAUUGAGGAACUUGUGAAAUCAUUGAAUGAACGGUGCAAAACUUAUGGAUUGCGUGGGAAACCAACUACACUUGUUGAGCUUCCAUUUGGCUGGCAACUUGGCAUUGAAGCAGCAGCAGCUGAUUGGGAUGAAGUCUGGGAUAAGUUUGAAGAUGAAGGAUUCUCCUAUGUCAAAGAACUUACUCUUGAUGUGGAAAAUGUUGUUGCCCCGCCCAAACCGAAGACUGCCUUAAUAAGAGAAAGGGUUACUUCAUUAGAUAACAGCAGCACCGUAAAAUCACAUUCUAAGACGGAUGAGAAGUCAGAGCUGCCUGGUUCAGGGGAGACUGUACCUGAUAAUGACAGACCAGAUACCCACAACUUAGAGCAAACGGAUAGAAGUCCACCUGACAGUCCAGCAGGAAAUAACACAGUUACGAGGCCAUCCAAGGAACUCCAAGAUCAUGUGAUAUCCAAGGACAUCAAUUUAAAUGGCUCGCCGCAUGCUUUUGACACCCAAAGUGAAUAUGGAGCUGAAUCUGUAUCUGGGGACAAAGUUUUUGAUGAACCAGGUUGGGGUACUUUUGAUACCCAUUAUGAUUCAGAUGCUGCAUGGGAUUUCAACUCUGCUCAUCUGAAGGAUUCUGAGCGCGAGAGGCAUAGUGAAGCUUCUUUGUUUAGUUCCGAUGACUGGGGUCUAAACCCAAUCAAAACUGGGUCCAAAGGCACGGAGACGACCCUUCCAAAGCAGGGCCCAUUUUUUGAUUCAGUUCCAAGCACCCCACUCUACAAUUCUGCAACUCCCAAUGCAGAUAGCCUGUUCAUGAGGAAUAGUCCAUUUGCAUUUGCAGAUUCAGUUCCAAGCACACCAAUGUACAAUUCUAGCAAUUCUCCUCGGUUUGGUGAAGGUUCUGAAGAGCCGUAUUCAUUUGACAGCUUCUCGAGAUUUGAUUCCUUCAACAUGCGCGACAGCGGUCCUUUCAGUUCGCGUGAGUCCUUCACAAGAUUUGAUUCCAUGCGAAGCUCAAGGGACUCUGAAUUUGAUCAAGGAUACCUUGCACCACGGGAGUCCCUUUCAAGGUUUGACUCCUUCCGCAGCACGGCUGACUCAGAUUAUAACUUUGGGCUCUUUCCUCCACGCGAGACAUUGACUAGAUUUGACUCCAUGCGUAGCACCAGGGACUCUGUUGACUUUGGUCAUGGUUUCCCCUCAUUUGAUGAUGCGUCAGAUCCAUUUGGGUCUAGUGAGCCGUUUAAGACAUCGCAUGAAGCUCAAACUCCGCGGAAAGAUUCUGAUAGCUGGAAAGCUUUCUAAUUCUGCCGUUCCUUCUUUUUGUGUGCCCAUUUGAAGCUUUGUUGUGUGGGGUUCACCUAUGAAUAUGGACCCGUAUCUGUCUUGUAGACGUUGUAGGUGAGGCAAUUUGGUUAUUCCAUUUGACAGAGAAAAAAUUAGUUGGAUCAGUUUUUGCUGUAAUUAUUUCUGUUACCUCUCUCUCUUGAUUACCAUUACGACUUUUUUUCUUGAUUAUAGCAAUA